UGCAUUUUCAUUUUUUUCCUCUCCUCUCUAGAAAUGCUUUACUCUGGUUACGAAGAACUGAAAAAGUAUAUUGAAGACAGCGACGCGCCGACUUUCGAAGGUUUUUUGCGUAAACACUUGGAUUCUAUUGCUCUUUGGUCUCUAGAGGAUCCAACAGACUCCUGUCGAGCACUUCAUGGAAGAUGGAUUAAACGAUUUGAUCAAGUCAUGUCAGACGUCGAUGAAGGAAAGAAGUCUACCAAGCGUACCACGAAACGUCGAAAACUGAAUGAAUUAACUUGGAACCUGAUUGUUGAAAAGAUGAAUUCAUAUGAACGUGCGCGGCAUACGUAUGAAAUUGAAGCAGGGAAGUUAUUGGUAUCAGCAGCGCCGUCGGUCUCAAAAAGUGUUUCAAGUCUUUUCACUUCGUCUGAACUGAACAAACAACCUGAACUGAACGAACAACCUGAACAGGACAAACAAACUGAACAACCUAAAUUGGACGAAGAAAGUGGAACUCUUGGUGAUAGUACAUUCUCUUUCAUGUAUAAAUUUGGGGUCAAGAAGUUUCAAGGAAAAUUGGUAGAAGAUGAUUAUGUGAAAAUCCUAUUAAUGAAGACCAAUGGUGACACCGUUGAUGAUCGAAUCAAGAAUUAUGUUAUCAAACUAUUGUGCAAGCAGAGCUUAUGUCCAGUGGAACAAGAAAAUUUAAAGUUAUUAUUGUCAAAGGUGAUCAAUCUUAUGAAUCCUGAUAUAUAUGCUGCAAUCGAACUAGUAUUAUCAGGACAGCAACUUCAGCGACUCCAAAGCAAAAACCUCCCAAUUGUUGAUAAUAGUCUGGACCAAGCUAGCUCGACCCUGUUGGAUGAAGUACUUGACGAUCAUGCGACAAAUCUGAAAGAUUUACGGCUGAAAAUACAGCAUGAAAAAAUACGACUGAUUCAAAGUGGUGACAUGGACAGUGAUAGCUACAAGCUAUUGCGUGUGAUUGAAGAUGCGACGGACACUUUUGGUGACAAACUGGAUGAAGCCUCAGAACUAACGAUUUACUGGAAAUUUGCCAAGUUGUUGCAUAUUAUACUCAAGGAUCUGGAUAUAAACAUGGUUGACGGGGAAACGAUCUCAAGCGCUACGAAGUUGGCGAUGGAACCCAAUGAAACAUUAUAUGGAUGCGAUGCAACUACAUCAUUUGGACGCAAAAUUGAUCUUCUUCUGAAAAUUGAUGGCCCCACAACUAUUGAACUCUCCUUGAGUGAAUGGAAGAACAGGAAGACUAUGCACAUGGCUCUGAAACAACAGAGUAAAAAAUUGCGCACCAACUGUACCAUCCUGAAUAAGCUUCAAAUUAUCUCUGAUUCAAAAAUCACCAAACUUAUGGCCAUGGAUUUUGUAGGCACGACCGGCUAUCUAUACCAGUUAGAGUUCAAAAAUAACAUGUAUAUACCUAGUCUUCUGUCUGAACUUAUUCUCCCCACAAACAUAAACCAAAUGGAUCAAUUCAAGGAUACGAUCAAGGCCUUGUUUAUGUUCAAGAACUUCUUGGCUGAUGUCACUUCUGAUGUAAAGCGCCACCUGGAUAGACAACAAUUCAAACGUAAUUUCCAUGCUAUGGUGAGGCCACUAUUAUCAGAACACAACAACAAGAAAAACACCUCAUCAUUUCCAGCCAUCUUCUUCACACCGAAAAAUUGUCGAAUCAAGGAUGUACCGCUCGAUUCAUUGGACGAAGAUGACUAGUUAUUAUAUAUAGUUCUUUUAUUUUUUCAUAUCUGUUUAUAUAUUGCUUCUUUAUAUCAUUUUAUAUUAUUAUUAUUAUCAUUAUUAUUAUUACCAUUAUUAUUAUUACCAUUAUUAUUAUUACCAUUAUUAUUAUUACCAUUAUU